UUUCAAUCCACAAUCAUUGAGUCACAAAACUACUCGACCCUCGGGUCCAAAUUCCAUUAGGCCUACUGAGGUGAACCGACAUUGUUCCAUCUGCAGAACCCAGACCCAAGCCAAUGGACCGGCAAAGGUAGCCAUCCUGACAGCGAGCUGUCUCGUCCGUUCCGAGAUGUCUAUGAAUUUCGUUACCUUCAACCAGGAUUACAGCCAUCUGGCUGUUGGCACCUCGAGAGGUUUCCAGAUCUUCACGACCGACCCGUUCGCAAAAUGCUUCGAAUCGAGAGAUGCCGGCAACAUUGCCAUACUCGAAAUGCUCUUUUCCACCUCCUUGGUGGCCCUCAUACUGUCUCCGCGACGACUUCAGAUCAAGAACACGAAAAGAGAUUCUAUAAUAUGCGAACUGACCUUCCCAACCACAGUGUUAGCGGUGCGGCUGAACAGAAAGAGACUGGUCAUAGUCCUGGAAGAUCAAAUAUACCUCUAUGACAUACAAACUAUGAAGCUACUCUACACCAUAGAGACAUCUCCGAACCCGACAGCAAUUUGUGCCCUCUCACCCUCCUCGGACAAUUGCUACCUAGCUUACCCAUUGCCACAGAAGGCUUCCGCCUCUUAUGCUGCUCCUUCUCAUGCACCGCCUAACAGCACGCAUGUCCCACCAACUUCCGGCGAGGUAUUGUUGUUUGAUGCGAUCAAGCUCGAGGCAGUCAAUGUGGUCGAGGCCCACCGAUCUCCGCUGUCAUGUGUGACUUUCAACAAUGAAGGGACCAUACUUGCUACCGCUUCCGACAAAGGGACUAUCAUUCGAGUGUUUUCGGUCCCAGACGCACACAAACUUUACCAGUUCAGAAGGGGUUCUAUGCCUGCCAGGAUAUACAGCAUGGCAUUCAAUAUCACCUCGACGCUCCUGUGUGUAUCAUCAGCGACGGAGACUGUACACAUUUUCAAGCUUGGUCCCCAACAGAGUAUGGACCUCGCAAACAACGAAGAACCUGCUUCUCCUAAGAGGACGAGCUCUGCUUUCACUCGACGAUUGAGCCAAGGAAGUGAUACACUGUACGAUCAACCUGGUGAUGACGAGGAUGGCCCGGAAUCGCCUACCGCCAUGACAAGCCGCAAGCCGAAUGGAACGUUCAUGGGCCUGUUACGAAGAACGUCGCAACACGUGGGAAUCAAUCUUGCCUCAACGGUGGGCGGAUACCUUCCCAAAGGCGUGGCGGAAAUGUGGGAACCCGCACGAGACUUUGCCUGGAUCCGACUCCCGCGGUCCAAUUCAGGAAUGCCCCCAAAUCAAUUGCGGAGCGUUGUUGCCAUGAGCCCAAAUUCUCCCCAGGUUAUGGCGGUCACGAAUGAGGGCAAUUUUUACGUUUUCAGCAUUGACCUGGCGAAAGGUGGCGAGGGCACUUUGAUCAAACAGUACUCGGUUCUUGACAUCAACGACAAGAUGGGAGGUUCCGGAGUGGAUUAUUGACCAAGCAUCCUACAGAAUCCCAGAUGGUUAAAUGAUCUAGCGUUGGCGUUACGGAAAUGUUGUGAGAUGAUGAUCGACCGGCGUGCUGCUUUCUGUCGAUGUCAGAUCCUCGUCGUGCUCGUCGCUCAGUCGGAGCUUGAUGCAUCUACUUAUAUUUAAGGCUGCCACUCCUUGCUCUCUGCACUACUUUUGAUU